AUGGAAGGCGGAGGCGAGGCAAAUGACGGUGGCGGUGCCAUUACUGAUGGAUUAGAAGUCGACGGAAGUGACAUUGUUGACAUUAACAUACGGUGUUCUGGAACGAAGUUCGUCGUUCAUGUGCGCUUGGAUUCGUCUGUUGAAUCCUUCAAGUCUGUGAUUGCAAAGCACUAUGAUGUACAUGCGGAACAACAACGUUUGAUCUAUAAAGGUUGCCUUCUCAAAGACGAUCAGACUCUUCAGAGUUAUGGUAUUCUACUUUCAUCAAGUCUGGUUCUCUGCAUGUUUACAUGUUUACUCAUUAUGAAUGACAUCGUAAUUUGA